AUGGAGGAGAGGGGUGAGGAGACGUUGGCUUUCUCUGUCAGGGUCUUCACUCUGAAGGAGGAGGCGAGGGCUGAGGAGGAGCACAUGGAGACACACGAGGAGCAUGAUCCAGUGUGUUGUGUUGUGAAGGAGGUGCGGGUCCAGGAGGAGGUGAGCAGGGAGCAGCAGGUCAGUGUGUGCAGAGAGAGAGCAGAGCAGGAGCUUACUGUGCUCCUCACCACAGGACAGGAGGCUCAGCAGCUCACUGUGCAGGAUGCCAACAGAGCAUCAGUCUUCCAAUUUACUGUUUCCCAUGAGAUGGACUGUUGCCAGGUCGGAGGUCAGUCCUUCCUCUUCACUGUCGGCAAGCUGAGUCUUCUGCUGAAAUUCAAAACUCCAGCUGAGAUGAAGGACUUUCAGCAGUUGUUGAAGAGAGGGGAUGAUGAAGAGAUGAGGAAAGGUUGCACAGAAGGAGAUGAAGCAGGAAACAAGGAGGCAGAGAGAGUCCAAACACCUUCUAGGAGACAUCCCACUACAUUUGAAACAAGUUCUAAAAAUGCCCCUACACAGGGCUACCAGUUCCACAGCUGUGUGUCCCAGCAGCAGAGCCUGCUUCAGGACUACCUGAGGAUCACCACCUACCAGAGAGCCAUUUUGGUCAAUGAGACUGAUUUCAGAGACAAGGUGGUUCUGGAUGUGUGUUGUGGUUCUGGUAUUCUGUCUUUCUUUGCAGUCCAGGCAGGAGCCACAAGAGUGUAUGCGGUUGAGUCUAGCCCCAUGGCCAAAUAUACACAGAUCCUGGUCCAGAGUAACUGUCUGUCUGAGCGGAUCAGGGUCCUAGAGGGGGAGGUGGAGGAGGUCAGCUGUCCUGACAUGGUGGACGUCAUUGUCUCUGAGCCAAUGGGUUACAUGCUGCUCAAUGACAGACUCAUGGAGAGCUUCUUGCAUGCCAGAAAAUGGCUCAAACCCAAUGGUCUGAUGUUUCCCUCCUAUGGUGAUAUUCAUCUGGCUCCUUUCAAUGACGAGCAGCUCUACUUUGAACACUUCGCACGAGCUAGUUUCUGGCAGCAGAGAAGCUUCUACGGCGUUAACCUGAAUGCUCUUCACGGUACUGCAGUGGAUGAGUUUUUCAAGCAGCCUAUAGUGGACACAUUCGAUGUGCAGAUCCUGAUGGCCAGGUCGGUCAAGCACUGCAUCAACUUCAUGGAGGUUAAAGAAGAAGACUUACACAGGUCAACAGUGUGGCUCUCCACAGCUCCCUCUGAGCCUCUGACCCGCUGGUAUCAGGUCAGAUGUUUGCUUCAGACGCCACUCUUCGCCAAGCUUGGACAAACUCUGUCCGGGACUGUCCUGCUGGCCGCUAACAACAGGCAUAGCUAUGACAUCCACAUCACAGCCACAGUCGACCAAUCAGGUUUCAGAUCUGGAAACAUCCUGGACCUCAAGAACCCUUUCUUCAGGUGAUUUCCAUCUUAUCUGAAUUCCCGAAAUUCCGAUUCUAAUUAAUGACAAUCAGCAAGUGAAGGAUUCUGUGUGUAGGACACCGCCAUGGUUCUACAGCUAGAGACCUCCAGACAUUGGCAACAUAGAGGUCCAGCGGUUGGCCUCUCUCCUCCUGGAUUCAGGGUGAGGAGAACAGAGGGACCUCAUAUGGAAUCAUCAGAUGUCACAACUCCAUACACAAGAACUUUUUAUUUUGCUUUUUAUACAUUUUGUCAACAAACAUUGGUGCUGGAAGUAAAAUCCCUUUAGUAUAAACUCCAUAUAUAUAGAGAGGCACAGAGGUCACACUGUGAUAACACAUCAUGCAUUGCAUAACACAUACAAGCAUGCACAAGGAAACCGGAAACUGCCUUUUCUAUCUCAGCAGUUUUCUCUGUGCAUGUUUUUCAUUUGCUGUAAUAAAAUUGUCCCCUCACAAACUGUAUUAAUGGUAAUUUUUUUUUUGGUUGUUACUGUCAUGCGCUGCUACUUUUACAUUCGUUAAAUAUAAAGUGAUAUAUUUACUGUAUUUAUUGGUGACGGUGUUCUAAAAUCUAAAUCUGAAGUGUUAAACUCAAAACAAAACAUGAAAAUACAUUUACAUGUUUUUCCAACGUUUUACGUUUUGUAAUGUCAGAUAUUUAAAUUAUUUCACCAG